UGGGAAUUGAAGUUUGGAGCGCUAGUUGCAAUAUGUGUGCUACACGAUCUGCUGUUCGUGAAUCUGAUUCAGACUCGAGGGAUUUCAGAAUUUUCAGUGUCAAGAGACUUUCAUACUUUAAGAUACCAUCGGAAUUUAGAAUGUCGUAGUGUUGCUGAAUUUGAAAAGCUAAACCGCAUAGGUGAAGGGACAUAUGGUAUUGUCUGUAAGUAUGAAAAUUUAGCUAAUAACUUAGACCGUGCUCGUGAUACUGUAUCAAAAGAGGUUGUGGCUCUGAAGAAAGUUCGAAUGGAAAAUGUUCGAGAUGGCAAGUUUUCCUCACUCUCGAGUUAUGUACAACAGGUAUCCCUAUUAGCAGUUUGCGCGAAAUCACUUUGUUGCUAAGUAUAAAGCACCCGAAUGUUGUUCACUUGAGAGAAGUCGUUGUUGGGAGGAGCUUAGAUAGUAUCUUCCUUGUUAUGGAGUAUUGUGAACAGGAUAUGGCAAGUUUACUUGAUAACAUGCCUAAUCCUUUCACCGAGUCUCAGGUUAAAUGCAUCAUGCUUCAGAUUUUCAAAGGUCUGAGAUAUCUUCAUGAAAACUUUAUAAUCCACAGGGACUUAAAAGUCUCCAACCUGUUAAUGAAUGACAAGGGUCUUGUCAAAAUAGCGGACUUUGGACUGUCACGCCCUACUCAUUCCCAUAAUCCCAUGACUCCUUGCGUUGUUACAUUAUGGUACCGAGCACCGGAAAUUUUACUUGGCGAUAAAAACCAGACUAAAGCUGUUGAUAUAUGGUCAGCUGGCUGUAUUAUGGGUGAGCUUUUAUUACACAAACCACUUCUUCCUGGGAAGACAGAGGUUCACCAAUUGGAGUUAAUUAUUGAUUUACUGGGCACUCCGAAUGAUCAAAUUUGGCCGAAUCUUUCCAAAUUACCAGCAUUAGAAAAGAUAAAUCUGAAAAAGCAACCGUACAAUAAUUUGCGUCAUACUUUCCCAUGGUUAUCAGAUGCUGGUUUGCGUUUACUAAACUUUCUGUUCAUGUAUGACCCGUCUAAACGGGCUCGGGCUCGUGAGUGCUGUCAGAGUUCUUAUUUCCGUGAACAUCCUUUACCAUGCGAACCUGAUAUGAUGCCAUCUUUUCCUCAACAUCGAUUGAAGCGUAAGAAUUCUCCUGGUGAAUAUGAUAACAAAGGUGUUAAUCCAGCCCAAGAUCAAGCUGCUGGAUUAUUUGAUGCUGCCUUCGAUAGGAUUGUGAGUGUUUAUCUAAAGAAUUUUCAAUAAGAACUACAUACUUUACUUUUAUUGGUCAAUUUUCAGAAAUUUUUGAAUUCCUUCACUAAUCGUUCAUUAAUCUUUCAAAUAGUUGUUAAUAAUUUGUAGGCGUCGUGAUUUUUAGUCGUUAAUAUCAUGUUUUCUAGAAUUGUUUAGACGGAAAAUCAUUGAUUUCCAGUCUCACUUUAAUCUGCUUAUUAAAUAGCUUCAGUCGACGUUUAAACAAUAAAAUCUAAAUAAUUGUUGUUACUUUAGUUUUUUGUUAAAUGAAUUUGUAGCAUUGAUUGGACUUAAUGUAUAAGUGGUAAAUAGUUUUAUUAAACAGUCGUGUUUCUGUACUCGGAAAUCGAAAAAGUCCUAUUCCCCGCCAUCUAUCGUUUGUUUUCUCAUUCAAUAAAUAAUACUCAACAGAAACUCAUUUAUUCAUUAUAUCAAGCGAAGCUCAAUUAUAACUAUCUAUUUAUACACUUUAAAGCUGUGACUUAACAGUUUGGGUUCUCAAUUUUCAAUCAGUGAAUCUUGAAUCCAGAGCUUAUUGAUUGUACCGCUAUUUAUGUGGCUAACUAUCAAUAACAUCAACACUUAGGGUUUCUCACAAACUAGGAAGUUGAAUGUGGUUGCUUUGAUGAAUAAUUGUUUGAUACGAAUGUAUAUGUGUACCGUCGAUUGUUUAACAAAUUACCUCUUAUAGAUCCUUUCUGUUUCAUUACUUCUUGUCAUAAUCCUUACAGCUUAACCCAUGAAAAAGUGGUUAUAGGGAGUUUAAUUAUAAUACUUGUUCUAUGUAAGUAGGCAACAGUGAUUAAAAAACUGCACUUCCAUAAAUGUUCAUCGAUCUGUAUCAUAUUUACUCUAAAUAAUAUUAAAAAUUCCUAUGUGACUAUUUUGAAAUUCUAUUUUUCUUUUCUAUUAAGCGUAAUUCAUCAAUUAUAAAUUUUGUAUGUUAAUCAAAGCUGUAUGCAUUUUGUUGUUUUGCUUCUAGGUGAAGAAACGUCGAGCUUAAACAGAACCAACACUAUAAAUUUUAAGAAAUUCAUUUAUAUAAUACAUUUGUGCAUUUCUAAUUUCUUGGUGUUUUUAAUUUGUCCUCUUUAGUCAUUCACAACUGUCAAUUUUUACGUCCAUAAAAAUCAUAAUUAACUUCUUACCGUAGUAAUAUUCUAACGCUAAUUUAUCCUUUAUAUGGAUACUACUAAGAAAAGAAAUAUAUGGUUCUAAAGCAUUUUCCCUCUUAGUGUACAAGUGUUUGGCUUUGCCACACCACGAUAAAGGAAAUGAUAAUCGUGUAGAGAAGAGCGAAGAUCGGUAAUGAGUUUUGAAGGCUAAAUUUCCAAAGAGUAUGCAUUCAAUGUGGAUUUUGUUACUUUACAAGACAUCUUAGAUUGCUCAUGCAAAAUUAAAGAAGAAACUACAUACAGACGACGGAUCUUUUCCACUGUAUCACACCCAUCUAAUAACACCGGCUUCUAGUGCUGUUAUGCUCUGAGGUCUACCAAAAAGUUAGACGCAUUUUUUACAGGAUCAUAACCCGCUACAUGUGUAAGAAGACUAUAUAUAUCCCAGAUGUAUGUCAGGGUCUUGCUAACGUUCAUAAGUCGUUCCAACCAAUAACUUAUCUUCAAUGUUUCUUAUCUAGCCUUCAGUUUGUGCGCACAGCCACAUGAUAUGUCUGGAUUCACCUAGCAUAUGAACCGUCCCUCCCACCAUACAACAAAUAAUGAUGAAACAACGGAUACCAAAGAAGUGCAUUUAUCUUUUUCAAUUAGCAGUGACUAAUAAUCCAUCCACUGAAACAUCAAAUCAAAGUUGUUAUACUUUAGGUCAAAUAAUGUUUUGUGUUUAGAACUAAUUAACAUCAAUCAGUAAGGCGAGAAGUCACGUUCUCCGUGUAAAUGGAACCCGUUCAUCAGUCACAAGUGAUAUGUUUCUGACCAUAUAACAUGGAAUAAAGUGCAUCUAAGCCAGUUACUUUGUCAUAACCUUGCCGACGUAACGCAGGAAGUCGGACAGUUCAAAUCUAUCAAGGUGGUACUUAAUACAUAAAUAUCUCCAAAAACAAGGCAAUAGAUUUCCCUCCUUACUUGAUAAAAUGAUAAAUUUUCCAUACGAUCUAUCUGCAAAUGCCAUUGUCGACAAUUAAUCUCAUUAACAUAGCCUUUUCAGCAGUGAUUUACGACAAUUCACGGAAAGCCUAUAUACCAGUGAGCAAAACAACUAAUCUGAGAUCAAGUGUUAUGAUCAUAUACAACGAAUCUCUCUGAUAAAUUGCUGUGAAGCAAAAGCAAGGAACAAUUUAGUAUGAAGUGGAUUUAUUUUGUGUUCUCUAAAUUUUUCACACACACAUACACAUUUUGUAAAUAAAAUGUUAUCUCAUGCGAAACAUUCACCCAGUUGUCUGUUUACUGAUAGAGAACUAUCACAAAUCUAUGGUUUCCACCAAUAAAGAAAUAAAUCGGUUACAUCCUCCUGGGCUAAAAAUAAUUAUCGAACUGCUCUCAUGGUACUCCUCCGAUUCACGUUUCUGCAAAGUACAGGUACAAUGUGGAAUGUCAUAAAAAUCGAUUAUUUUUGUGUUACGGAAUGGCAGCGAUACUCUAACUAAAACUUCUAUACCACAAACAACAGUAGUACAUUCCCUCCAAGCCCCAGCUACCCCAAAUGACCAAUUUCUUGGGUUAAAACAUGAGUCGACCAAAAUCAACCAAACACUGAAAGCUUGGAAGCACCGUCUCCUCAGAAGUGCGCAUUCACGAACCCGCGAUUAAGAAUCGAAUCCAGGACUUGCAUGCGAAUGCUUAACCUCUUAUACAAUGAGGUACACUUGGUGUGUACCAGACGACAGAAAGUUCUACAUAGUGUAGAUUCGAUCAGUCACACCAAAUAUCAGUUUUUCAAGACGCAACAACUAAUGUGGCUAACACUCAACCAAUCAAUGGAUGAACAAUAAAAAAAACUCGACUCUGAGCAAUUCUUUCCAGUUGCCAUUCAUCCUUUUAAUGUCUACUUCCAAUUCUCGACGCAAUGUGUUGCUUCGGCUUUCGCUCUUUCGAUUCCCUUCAGCACUUGCCUUGUGAUGCAGUUUGAUGAUUUUCGCAAUGUAUGUCCAACGUACCACCUCCAGCGUCUUUUCCUAGUUUCCUCUUUAAGUGGAAGUUGAUUUGUUCUCUCUCAAAGUAAGCUGCUGCUGAUGUUAUCCUGCCAACGUACAUUGUAUAUCUUGCGUAGACAACUGUUUUUAUAAAGACUUGUACCAUUUUGAUGAUAGUUGGAGUUCUCCAAGUCCCAACUUCCUACAGUAGAACUGUCUUGAUGUUCCUACAGAAGAUUCUCACUUUCGUAUUGGUUGACAGUUGUUUUGAGUUCCAUCCUUCAAUUAAAGAAUGCUACACUUGUUCUUCCAAUCCUCGCCUUUACGUCUGCAUCCGGUCAUCCUUGUUCACCGAUGGUGCUGAACAGUUGAGCACGAGGAAGUUUACUAUUCUUCCAAGGUUUCUCCAUCAAGUUUGAUUGGUUUGGUUGAUGUUCUGCGUGUUGUAAUCGAGGAUCUCGCCUUUUCUCUAGUAUGUGUUGAGGCUCACUGAUGCAGAGGCUGCUGCUACACUGGUUGUCUUGACCUGCAUUUGUUCGUGUGUAUGGGAUAGAAGGACCAGGUCAUUUGAGAAGUUCAAAUCGUCUAGUCGCAUCCAAGCUGUCCAUUGUAUUCUGUGCUUCCCUCAGAUGUCGAGGUCUUCAUAAUCCAGUCAACUACCAGAAGGAAGAGAAAGGGACUUUGUAAUGUAGUCCGUCUUAUGAAUUCUGUAUGUUGUUGAUCUUCUCAACUACUCACACCAUAAUGUUGAAGGAAGUCCCAUAAGGUUCCACACUGUUAAACACCUUUUCAUAGUCAAGGACGUUGAUUUAUAGCGACGAGGUCCAUUCAAUUGGUUGUUCAACGGUGAUUCGUAGUGUCGCAACUAGGUCGAUACACAACAGAUUCUUACGGAAUCUGGACUGUUGAUCUCGAAUUUGGGUAUCCACCGAAUCCUUCAUUCGGUUCAGCAGUACUAUGCUGAAAACGUUUCGUGGUUCAGAUAUUAGUGUGAUGCCUCUGUAGUUUUCACAUUUUCUCAGAUCCCCUUUCUUUGACGAGGUGUUCUUAACAGUCAGUCGGCAUUUGGUCUUCCUCUAAAAUAUUCUUGAGUAGAAAGUGGAACAUGAUUACGAUUACUUCUAUGCCUGACCAGUGCUCCAGCUGGUAUACUGUCAGGUCCUGCUGCUUAACUGCCCUUGCUUUGUCUGAUGGUCACCUUGAUUUCUUCGACUGUUAGCGGAGUGACAUCUGUCGGGAGGUCUGUACGUGCUGCUUCGAUGUCCGGUGGAUUGAAUUCAAAAGUUUCUCACAGUAUUCUACCCAUCUGUUCCUUUGUUGAGUCUCGGUAAUUGGCUUGCCUUCUUUUUCCUUGACUGGUCUCUCUAGUCUACUAUAUUCCCAUACUAGUUUCUUCGUUAUGUCAUUUAUUUGUCAAGUUCUUUUCUGAGCACUUCGCUAAGAUCGAUUGCAGCCUCUCGUAAAACUGAUCUUUAUUGCCUUCAUUGCUAGGUGCAUAACAUUGGAUAGUAUUCAGUGUAAUCCCCUCCUUAUUUGUUUUGAACGAUGCUUUGAUCAUUCUGGAUUUAUGAAAUCCCCAUUCUAUAAGUCCAUUUCAUGCUUCCUUGGACAGCGUCAGAGCAUCUGUCUCUAAGUGUGUGGUGCAUUUUUCUUUUCGUGACCGGAGUACUGCAGUAUCUCUCCCGUAUCUUAUCUGUCUAGUCUAGGUUUCGCAGAUUCCGAGAACCCCCAAGUUGUAUCCUCAUUUUUGUUGGUCUCACAUCGUGAGAACACUCCAUAGGGAUGGUGACGCCAUGCGCAACCUUCCCUUUUACCCGGGCUUGUGACCAGCAGUAGCCCUAGAAGAGUUUUCCUACCAAUUAGCUACUCGUAAUUGAUAUUCUUUUUAAACAAACUACUGUAAUCCAGAUCUUUCAAUGUCAUGGUAGUAGUAUGUCUAUCUAUUAGAUCAAUUCACCUCGUAAAAUAAGAGCUCUCUAGUAAAUCCUAGUCUUAUUUUCUCCGACUGCGUGUGUUUGUGUCAAAGCUGAAUUAUCAUUCUAUGUUAAACGACCGAUUGAUCUAAUCGCACUAUUUUCGCUCCCAUAUCAGUAGUAUUUUCCCGAAGAUACUCGACACAAUACUAAACAUAAUAUGGCCACUAAAAAACCUAUCCCACACCUCGUCUCCCAGUAAAUUAAAUAAGAUCC